AUGUGGCUGGCAAAGGCGGACCGGCACGAUCUGGCGCCGACGCGGCUCAACGUCUCCCUGCUCGCCUCCCAGCUGCGUGACGAGCACAUCUGGCUCAAGUGGGCGUCGCCGUGGCUCUACGCUGGCGCUACUGGUCGCGGGCGGGACCAGUUCUACCGACGAUGCGUCGAUGAAAACUACUCGCAGUACUGCCACCGCGACUCGCCCCUCCCGCCGCAGCCCGGUGCGGCCACGCCGGUGCUCACCGGCGGCGCGUGGCACUUUGCCGCCCCAAAUCGGCAGGGGGCGGCAGGAGAGGCGGCAGAGGCGGCAUGUCCAGCGAGGUGCGCCGAGGGAGGGGUGUGCGCGAUGCCACUGGCGGAUGCGGUGGUGCCGCUGGCACGGUGCAUCCACAACGACUCGCAGCCAUGGAAAUGCGAACAGCGGCUGUGCGGUCCAGAGGACGAGAGGAGGGAGAGGGAUGCGUCGGUAAUCGACAAGAAUGGAGCGCGCGUGGACCUGGUGGCACAGGGCCGGCGGCCGAUGUGCAUGUGCUUCACCGGCUUUGCAGGCGCCUCAUGCGAGCCGCUCUCGUCGAACUGCAUGCGCGACUGCUCAGGCCACGGCGCGUGCCUCGACGGCUUCUGCCACUGCACGCUUCCCUAUAGUGGCAUCGAUUGCGCCCACCACCCCACCGCACCGAUCCGCUGCUCGGCACGCCCUUGCGUGUACGUGUACGACCUCCCCGCACGGCUCAACUCGCUCGGGUCGAACCACAACUCGCAAUGGCGCCAUCGCAGUAUGGGGGAGACGCAGCGCAAGGCGCCGUGGCUCUUCCUUGAGGGACUCCUCGACUCGGGCCAUCGCACCACCGUCGCUGCCGAAGCCGAUUACUUUUAUGUGCCAUUCCACGACUGGCACGGCUGCUGGGGCCCGAACGCGCCUAUAUACCGCGCGCAUCGGUACAUCUCAACCGUGUACCCCUUCUACAACGCCUCGCGAGGCUCGGACCACCUCUGGUUCCUGCAACGAGACGUCGGCUCAUGCUCCACUCUCUGGGGCUCGGUUCGGGACGAGCUUUCGCUUGGGACCGUGCUGCAGCACUGGGGUGGUACCACAGGUCUCUUCGGCAAGGUAGAGAAGCGGUGUUACCGCCGUGGCCAGGACCUCGUCGUGCCAUCGGCAAUGAACCCCGACCGCAUCACAAAGAGCCCAUUCUGGCCCGUUCUUGAGCCGCGGGCACCGCCGCCGGCGCGCACCACGACACUCUUCUUCAGCGGCGCGCUAUGCUGGCCAACAUGGACGAAGGCAAGGGACUUGGGCGCGCUCGAGAAGAAGUGCGCCACCUCCUUCACGGGCAGGCCCAAGAGCGACUACAGGCCACCCGUCAAGCGAUACAGCUUUGGACACCGAUACAGCCUCUGGCAGCGCUUCCGCGACCGGCGUGGCUACCGCUUCCUCCCCUCCGACUACCUUCCCGCCGUCAACCGUUCCUUGAGCCUGGACGAUGAGAUUCUGCGCGCGCAGUACUGCCUCGCCCCGAGCGGCGCCGGGUGGGGCAUGCGGGCAGUCCACGCCCUCGUACUGGGCUGCGUCCCGGUGGUUGUGCAGCACGACGGGGCGCACGACCCGGUCGCGCAGGCGUUCGAGCACGACUUGCUCGAUUGGGACGACUUUGCCGUGCUCGUCAGUCACGACGAGCUGCCGCAGCUCGAUCGGGUACUCGAGCGCACCGACCUGCGCGCCAAGCAGGCCGGCCUGCGCCGCGUGUGGACCCGCAUGGUCUGGCGGCGAUGGCUGCCUCAAAAGCGGCGCGGUGAGCUGCCCGGCACUGAUGCCUUUGAGACCAUCAUGCAGCUGCUCGCAGCAAGAGUAACUCCGCUCACUGAGGCGCGCCGUGAGGCGCAUUUGGUGCCGCGUCGUCCGUGA